AUGGUCACUACCCGCAGCUCAAAAGCUCAGGCUUCCAACGAGACUCCAUUCUGUCCGCCCCAGGCCACCAAUGGCGCCCCGGUCAUUCGUUCGGGUUUUCAGGCCGUUCCGGCUGGCCCAGCCACUUCCCCUACCGAGCUCCAUGCUAACAAGUUCAUGGUCUCGGGCCCGAUCCGUCCUUUCACCCCGGUGAAUUCCCCAGAAACUAAGGCUCCCAUACCGAUCCACCCAUCUUCCGUGGCUCCGAAAUCAAGCAUUGCUGGUCAACAUGUCGAUCCUUCGUUGGAGCAGACUGGGAUCAACUUCUAUCCGAUCCAGGGUCGUUGGUCCCCGGUUUUUACUCCCUCGGCUGGAAACUUCCCUCCUGGGCUCAGAAGCCCCGACUUCGUCAAUCCUGGCUCCACCGACGGUAGCUCCGCCUCUGCUUCCGACUCCUCCAGUUCUGAAAUCUCCGACGGUUUCAGUUCUGGAUCCGAGUCUAACUCCAGCGCCCCAAGUUCUGGUCCACCCUCCAUUCCACAUUCGUCUGACUUUCCAUCCCCUUCUUCCUCCGACAUGCGCUCCGUUCCGCCCUCGGAGGUAUUUUACGCCACCCGCCCGAGACCACAACCUGUUGCCACAGGGUCUGGCAACUCCUAUGAUGACCCAAUGGUCGUCGACGACGAUUCCGCCUCCGGUUCCGAUCCGGACUCAGUUCCCUUCGGCCCGACCACCGAGUGGGGCUCCACGCAACAGGCUCGUCCUCCAACCAAUCCCGUCAAUCCCGACCCCUCGGCUCAAGAAAUGAUGGACUUCGAUUACAAUACUAUUCGAAAUCGCCUUGUCGGUUCCAACCCGCAUCCAUUCAGCACUAAAGUUUAUCGUGAGGAAGACCUCCUCUUCAUGUUCCAACAUGUCGCCAACGAUUUCAUUCACUUGGCCAAUAAGUAUCCCGCCUCGACUCUCGGCGAAAUCGAGGAUCGCGUCCAGUUUUAUCAAAACCUUCAAUGGGUUUUCACCGCUGACCGCCAAGUCUUCUUGGCCACCCACUGCGGCUAUCCCUAA